AUGUCUGGGUGGGGCACCCCGAAAUCAGCAGCAGGGGACAUCGGCGGUCGGUCACCUCGAGCCGUCGAUGGCCGCGAGCAAGACCGCGCGAGCCGGAGGCUGGGGCUGACGCACUCCCUGACUUCGCCGCGGGCGCCCGAGCCCGCCAAGCCUGAGCUUCCUGCGAGGCCAAACUCGGACGAUCUGCCGCGCCCGAGGAGCCUCUCCCCGCCGCGGAGGAACCUCGCGCCGCCGUCCGUCACGGGGAGCGCCCUGUCCGCCAGGCUCGAGCGGGCUUCGUUGGUGCGUACCGCCAGCAGCAGCAAUGGUCCCCCGAUCCCGCCGCCGCCCAAGACUCGGGCGAGGUUCUCGGCCAAGAGAGGAGAGCUCGAUGACGUUGCCGCCGACGGUGGAGGCGGUGCUGCUGACGGCGACGAUGUUGCCGCCGCCGCCGCCGCCGCGGCUCCUUCCCCCGCCCCGUCCCGCGGAGCGGAGGCACCGCUGGCCCCGCCGACUCCGGCUACCGCCGGCAGCAGCAGCAGCAGCGGCGGCGGAGGCCGUGUUGCGGCGCUCGCGAAGGCGAUCGAAUCGCAGCGGAAGGCGGAGCAGGCGCAGCGCCCCCCGGAGGACGGCGACGAGACGCCGGUCAUGACCCUGCCGGACGUGAUCACCGAGGGGCUGGCGGCCGGAGACCGGAGGAUGAUGGACAGCCGUUCCUCGCUCCCGCACACGGUCGGAGAGGAGGAGGAGGAGCAGUCUCCCGUGGCCGUAGGGAUGGGAGCGAAGCGGGUUGGCAGGGUCCGGGGGCGGGGGGGGGCCGCGGCCGCGUCCCAGCGGGGAGGGCCGCGCUCGACGGCCGGGGGCAUCGGGGCGUCCUCGCCAGUCUAUGGGACCGGGAAUAGCCAGAUUCAGGCGAGUCCGCAGUACUGGGUCCCUAGAAAGCUCAGCCGCUCGCCCAUGAAAAAGAACAUCGAGUCGGCCCCGUCGUAUUCGCCCGCCACGUCGACCAGGCCUCUGUGGUGA